CACAGACUGUGGUUGGAUGCCCUGACUUAAAAAGUGGCGCGCUGAACUGGCGCGAAUACUGCCAAUAUUCCGGUGAAACCAUUUUUACAUAUGCAUUGUCCGUACUUGCUUUUAAGUUUUUAUAUUCUUGUGUUUUUGUUCUAAGUUAAUUCAGUAAAAUGGUUAACAAACCAUUAAAUAAGCUUUAUGUGCUAAAACGAGAUGGAAGACAAGAACAAGUUCAUUUGGACAAAAUAACAUCUAGAAUACAGAAAUUAUGUUAUGGACUGAAUAUGGAUUUUGUGGACCCAUUGUCCAUUACUUUAAAAGUAAUCAAUGGAUUGUAUCCAGGAGUAUCCACAGUCGAACUGGAUACGUUAGCUGCAGAAACCGCAGCUAUGAUGACAACAGAUCACCCAGAUUAUGCUACAUUGGCCGCUAGAAUUGCAGUUUCAAAUCUACAUAAGGAGACAAAAAAACAAUUUAGUGAGGUUAUUGAUUUACUCUACAAUAUGGUAAAUAAGAAGACAGAAAAAAAAACUCCCAUGAUUUCUGACAAACAUUACAAAAUUGUUAUGGAUAAUGCAGAUCGUUUAAACUCAUGCAUUAUUUAUGAUCGAGAUUUUUCAUACAACUAUUUUGGAUUUAAAACAUUGGAAAGGUCUUAUCUAUUAAAAAUUAAUGGCAAAAUUGUAGAAAGACCACAGCAUAUGUUAAUGAGAGUUUCAGUAGGAAUACAUGAUGAAGAUAUUGAUGCUGUGAUCGAAACUUAUAAUUUAUUAUCGGAGAAGUUUUUUACUCAUGCAAGUCCAACUCUAUUUCUUGCUGCUACCCCAAGACCUCAACUUUCUUCAUGUUUCCUUUUAAUGAUGCCUAGCGAUUCAAUUGAGGGCAUUUUUAAAUGCCUUUCUCAAUGUGCUUACAUUUCCAAAUCAGCUGGUGGCAUUGGAGUCAAUGUUCAUAAUAUAAGAGCAAAAAAUUCAUAUAUCGCGGGCACUAAUGGUGUUUCUAAUGGUCUGGUGCCCAUGUUAAGGGUUUUUAAUAAUACAGCAAGAUAUAUUGACCAAGGGGGCAACAAAAGGCCUGGUGCUUUUGCCAUUUAUCUUGAACCUUGGCAUGCUGAUGUUUUUGAGUUUUUGGACUUGAAGAAAAAUACUGGCAAAGAAGAAUAUCGGGCCAGAGACCUGUUUUAUGCUAUGUGGAUUCCUGAUUUAUUUAUGAAGAGGGUGGAAAAUAACUCUAAUUGGUCUUUAAUGUGUCCUCAUCAAUGUCCAGGUUUGUCAGAUUGUUGGGGGGAUGAAUUUGAAAAAUUAUAUGAAAAAUAUGAGAAAGAAGGACGGUAUUCUGAACAAAUUCCUGCCCAAAAACUUUGGAGGGCCAUUAUUGCUUCACAAGUAGAGACUGGUACACCAUAUAUGCUAUAUAAAGAUUCAUGUAAUAAGAAAAGUAAUCAGCAAAAUUUAGGCACCAUUAAAAGUAGCAAUUUAUGUACAGAAAUUAUUGAAUAUACAUCUCCUGAGGAAGUUGCUGUUUGUAAUUUAGCUUCAAUUGCUGUUAAUAUGUUUGUUAAACAAGACACAAAAGAAUAUGACUUUGAAAAACUAAAAGAAAUUACUAAAGUGGUUGCUAAAAACCUUGAUAAAAUUAUUGAUGUAAAUUAUUAUCCUAUUCCUGAAGCCAAAACAUCCAAUAUGAGACAUAGACCGAUAGGUAUUGGUAUUCAAGGAAUGGCAGAUGCUUUUAUAAUGAUGAGAAUGCCUUUUGAUUCUGAAGAAGCAAAAUUAUUAAAUAUUCAGAUUUUUGAGACAAUUUACUAUGGCGCCCUGGAAGCAAGCUGUGAAUUGGCAGAAAAAAAAGGUGUUUACAGUACAUAUGAAGGAUCUCCUGUCAGUAAAGGUAUUUUACAAUAUGAUAUGUGGAACGUAACACCAACAAAUUUAUGGAAUUGGGAAAUCUUAAAGAAAAAAAUUGGCCAAUAUGGAAUAAGAAACUCAUUAUUACUUGCUCCAAUGCCUACCGCUAGCACUGCCCAAAUUUUAGGAAAUAAUGAAUCAGUUGAACCAUAUACGUCCAAUAUUUACACAAGGCGAGUUUUGUCAGGGGAAUUCCAAGUUGUAAAUCAACAUUUAUUAAAAGAUUUGACUGAAUUAGGUCUUUGGGAUGAUGUAAUGAAAAACCAAAUUAUAGCAAAUAGUGGCUCAAUACAAAAUAUUCCAGGAAUACCUGAUAAUAUAAAGGCAAUUUAUAAAACUGUCUGGGAAAUUUCUCAAAAAGUUAUACUUAAUAUGGCUGCCGAUAGGGGUGCAUUUAUUGAUCAAAGUCAGUCUUUAAAUAUUCACUUAGAAACACCUUCAUAUGGAGUUUUAUCCUCAAUGCAUUUCUAUGGUUGGAGAAAGGGCUUAAAAACUGGAAUGUAUUAUUUAAGAACUAAACCUGCUGCAAAACCUAUCCAGUUUACAGUAGAUAAGAGUAUGUUGUUAGUUUCAAGUACAUCAGAUUCCAAAAAUAUAAAUGGUAAGUCUGAAAAAAAUUCUGUUGGAGAAAUUGACGAAUUAGCUAAAGCAAAACAAGAAGAAGAAGAACGGAAUAUGGCAUCUUUAGUUUGUUCUUUAAAUAAUCCAGAAAGUUGUGAAAUGUGUGGAGCAUAAGCUUUAUAUUUGCGGCUACACUAAAAACUAUUUUUCAUUAUACUAUAAAAUAAUUUAAUUUAAUUAACAACUUAAAUAUUUUUUAAUAUGAAUUCAUUUUAAAAAAUAAACUUUACAUUGUAUUAUAAGUGAUAAAUGAUCCAAUGCAGUUAAUAAUUAACCAAAAUGUAUACAAAUUUUGAUUCGAAGAUACAUGUACAUUUACUAUUAACUGUCUUUUAAUAAAAAUAUUUUAAUUACAU